GCCAUUGCAAAGCCUAUCACGUAUAAAAGCUACGGUGGACCACGGCCUGUUGGACAUCAUCCCAGCGUCGAAUCAACCAUGGGCAAGAUUAUCUUCUACGAGGAAAGGAACUUCCAGGGUCGCUCCUAUGAGACCAGCGGCGACUGCGCUGAGUUGACCUCCUACCUGAGCCGCUGCAACUCCUGCAGGGUGGAUAGCGGCUGCUUCAUGGUCUACGAUCGCUCUAACUUUAUGGGGAACCAGUACUUCCUGAGGAGGGGCGAGUAUUCUGACUACCAGCGCAUGGGCAUGACCGAUUCCAUCCGAUCCUGCCGAAUGAUCCCUCAGCACCAUGGCCCCUUCAGAAUGAGGAUCUACGAGCGAGAGAACUUCGGUGGCCAGAUGCAUGAGGUCAUGGAGGACUGUGACUCCUUUAUGGAGCGUUACCGCAUGUCCGAAAUCCAGUCCUGCCACGUGAUGGACGGCCAUUGGCUGAUGUACGACCAGCCCCACUAUAGAGGCAGGAUGAUGUAUCUGAGGCCUGGAGAGUACAGGAGCUUCAGAGACAUGGGCAUGAACUCCAUGCAGAGGUUCAACUCCAUGAGGCGCAUCAUGGACUCCUGUAAUUAAUGUGUCUGACCAAAAUCUGGCCAAUAAACUUUCACAUUUCAUUA